CCAGUCUCUCCUUCUCCGGGGUCCUGACUGAUCCUGUCACUCACAAGCUCCGCCCCCUCAGACUACACGAGGAGCUGCUGCUGCUGCAUGAAGCCUGGUAAUUGGCGAGCACAACGGCAAGCUGCUGCUGCUGCUGGGAGCCCACACCAGUCCCCUUCUCAGGCCCCCUCCCCUUCUGUCUCCCCAUCCCCCUCUUCUUCCCAGGCCCAUUCUCGGGCCCCCUCCCCCUCUCCAGCCCACUCCCCCUCUCCGGCCACCUCCCCCUCUCCGGCCCACUCCCCCUCUCCAGCCCACACCCCCUCUCCAGCCCACACCCCCUCUCCGGCCCACACCCCCUCUCCGGACCACUCCCCCUCUCCAACCACCUCUACCUCUCCGGCCCACUCCUUCUCUCCAGCCACCUCCCCCUCUCAGGCCCACACCCCCUCUCCGGCCACCUCACCCUCUCCGGCCACCUCACCCUCUCCGGCCCAAUCCCACUCUCUUUCCCAAUCCCCCUCUCCGGCCCAAUCCCACUCUCUUUCCCAAUCCCCCUCUCCGGCCCAAUCCCACUCUCUUUCCCAAUCCCCCUCUCCCGACCAAUCACCCUCUCCGGCCCAGUACACCUCUCUUUCACAAUUCCCCUCUCUGCCCCCCUCCCCCUCUGUGUCCCAAAAAUCCUCUCCACCACCCUCACCGUAUCAUUCUCAAACCCCCUCUGUAAGGUCCUCCCCCUUCCAUCCUCUCACAGAAAUAGACCCUCCUUCCCCAUCCUGCCUCCUUCCCCCAUCCAGCCCACAUCCCCCAUCCAGCCAACAACACCCAUCCAGUCUACAUCCCCCAGCCAGCCACCUUCGCCGCCAUCCGAAUGGGCAGCAGAGGGGGCCUCUUGAGGGAGGUGGGCAAGUGGCAGAGGAGAAUGUUGCGGUUGGAGAUCCCACAAGUUUGGGAGGAAUUCUGGCCAGCAUGCGCCAGCAACUUCAAAAUUUAAUGGCAACAGUGGAUUUGCUGCAAAAAUUUGUUGAAAAAAAAAAUACAUUAUUUCUAAAAAUUUGUUUUUUCAAAACAAUAAUGUACAAAUAA